AUGGAGCCGAAUUUUGUCCACCAGCUGUACGCAAUUCUAGUACUCGGAUCGGGCGGCUGCAACUCAGAAGCAAAACCAGCAAUUUCCGAGGCAUUUCUGGCCCAUCGGGCCAUCCGCCAGACUGCGGGGGCUCUCAUCGCCAACUCUGAUCCAGCACCGAACCUACUUCGCCACCUUGUGGCAAAUGAGACCGGGGCCAGUGCGCUGCUGGCCACUCUGCUCGAUCCAGCAUUCGAUAACGCGCUCAAGACUGCGUUCGUCAGUCAAUUCCGGCGAGCUAUCGAGGAAGACGGUGUGGACUCUUUGCACGGUGGCCCAAGUCACGUCGUGUGCGAACAGGACUCGCUCGACCUGCUGUUGGCCUGGGGCGACUGGCUGAUUGUGAUAGAGAACAAGGUCGCUGCGGGCGCCAUCACCCGCGAGCAGUUGAACAAGUACUACCGUCGGCUAGUGCGGAAGUCGCAAAGGCAAGAAGUCUUAGGCAUUCCCGCCGGCCAGGCACGAAUCGCCGUUGUGUACCUGACGCCUACCCGAGGCGUCGGCGGGAUGGAGUUCGCCUCACUAACGCUGGAUCCAACUCGCCGAGAUGCGAAAGUCCACCUUGCCUGGCCCGAUCUGCUGGACUGGCUCGCAGCGCAGGUUGCCGGCGACAGCAAGGACCUGUACUCAUCCCUGAUCGCCAGCGGAGCCGAACGGGUACGGGCGAUUAUUGCGAGCCGCGCGGCGCCCAAGACUGUUGAAGAUGCGAAUCGUCAAGGAAUUCGGGCGUUGAUGGCCGCGGUGGCCGACGGCAUUGACUCGCUGUACACCGGUGUGCAUCCGCUUAAGCUGAAUACCUGGAGAGAUACCAGAGUCGAAGAACUCUAUACCGGACUCGACAGUGGGAACGCGAACACUUUCUUGCGUGUUCUGGCGGCGCAGUCGGAUUGCGAAGACCUAUCCCAGCUUGAAAUCGUUGUAGAGCUGGAGUUUAAGAUCGCUGACGCGGCGCCGCCCGUCGCAAAAGCGUGGUUUGCGAACGCAGAUCAUGCCAGCUGGUCGCGCGUCCUCGGAAUUGCCACGAAGUCGGUUGAGGUCGAGCAAAAGCGGAGGUCGUUCACCUACCAUUAUCACCUGCAGGGUACGCAAGACGAAGCGGCUCAGACGCUGAUCGUCUUCAAGCACCUGCUGAUCCGCACAGCCAAUGUCGCCAUCGGUCCGUCGACGCUGCGGAACCAAGGGGAUGCCGGCGUGGUGCAGGCCGCCCGUGACGCGUUGAAGCUGCUUCCGCUGGAGGACUACUGCGCAGCCGGGCGGCAGAGUUUAGGCGAGCUGCUCGACGCCCACACCGAGCUUGUGCGGCGCCGUCUCCCGCGAGCAGCGAGGAACUGGGGCGCCGCUCGCAAGUCGCUUAAUAUCUUCCUCCGCGAUGUCCUCUACAGCCGCUACCUGUGCCGGGAGUACGGGCUGGCAAAGCUGGAAUCAUUGCUCGAGGUGCCUCUCGAUCGGGACAUCGCCACCCGGCUGCUCGCGGAGCCAGAGGGCGAGGGCCUGCCCAAGUGGGGCACCAUCAAGCGGCUUACGCCUGAGGCGAGCAAGCAGUACCAGGCAGUCGCCCGGCGCGUGGCAAAGCGGAUGGGCACGCACCCGGUGCACCUGGAUGUCUUGUACUGGGGGCGGAGUCAGGCGUAG